AUGUCUACUACCACCAACGAAGCCACCCAAUUACUGCAGCGUCUGAGCAGCCUGAAAAUUGUGGAAACUCCCAAGGACCAGAAGGAAGUCGCUACUCGAGAAUGCUACUCCCUGGACAGCAAGCAUUUUCAACGGGCCCCCACCACCCCAUCUAGCGGCGGACCCGGAAAGUUUGACACCGAUUUAAAGAAGCGGCGCAAAAUCAAGCGCAACAACCGUAUCCACACCUACGAGGCUGACAAACACUUCACCAAAGCCCGCAAAUCUUUAAACUUUUAA